CCAGACUUCCCAAGAAGCAAACAAAGAAAUAUUUAGCCACCAUGUUCAAAUACGCCGUUGUUGUCCUCGCUCUCGUUGCCUGUGCUGCUGCCAAGCCAGGACUUUUGGGUGCUCCUCUGGCCUACACUGCUCCUUUGGCUUACACUCAUCCCGCUGCUGUGGUUGCUGCUCCUGCUCCAGUUGUGACUGCCACCAGCAGCCAGGUGAUCGCCAGGAACUUCAAUGGAAUCGCCGCUGCUCCAGUGAUUGCUCCAGUGGCUGCUCCCGUGGUUGCUCCCGUGAUUGCCAAGUACGCAGCUGCUCCAGUGGCCUACACCUCUCCAUUGGCGUACUCAUCUCCCCUUGCGUACACCUCACCUUUGGCCUACAAUGCCCUGCCAGCUGCCCCAGUUCUUGUCUAAGAAGCUUUCAAAGAAAUAUAAAAAUCAAACCCAA